CCGCUGUAGAUUCCAUUUUGUUGCAAUUGAGAGACAGGAGGAGAAGUGGCUGUUUCGUCAACAUCGCCCAGGCGUCGUUUGGUGGGGGAUUGGUAGAAAAUACAGCUUGCUGUGCUUCCUACACAGUCCGCAGAGGGGAUUUUAGAGGCAAAAACAUAUUUCAUUCUGGCGAAAAAAAGGCUUUAACAACCAAGCCUAAAAGGCGAAAGGAGUCGAGGGCCGUCGACUUCUUGGAGCAUCGUGCCCCGAGGUGAGUUGAUGUUCAGCUCGGCUUCACGGGAAAACAACGCUCUUUGGCACAUGAACACCUCAGACCUUGCUGGACGAAAAAGUGCAGCGAGAAGUAGACAGAAAGCUACUUCGAGGACCUGGGGACCCGUUGGAGGAGAAAGAUUGAAGAGGGACAUCUGCUUUGUCAACAUCCUACCAACAAAGAGGUGACACGUAGAACAAAAACAUGGGAGGUGGAGAGAGGUACAACAUUCCAGUUUCCCACCCCGAACGCCCCAAGAAGAACCAUCAACUUGGCAAGGCCAAGCAGAGAAGCCGUGACCAGAAUGGCGUAGCAGCAUCUGCGGGAGGGGCAGGGGGCCUUCACAAUCACGGCCACCGUCGGAGCGACAAAGGCGCUGCCUACCACAGGUCUCCGGAGACGCGGCAGGCCGCAUCCACGGAGAAGAAUGCUUCUGUCCGUUUGGCCACCAACUAUGAUCAGAACUGGGAAGGUGCCGUGUCGCACCUCAACACGUUUCUGACGACCCAGGGCAGCCCAGGCUAUGCAGGGCCCAAAUUUAGUGAGCCACCGUCACCCAGUGUAUUACCCAAACCCCCAAGCCACUGGGUGUCUUUCCCAACAGGCUCCUUUGAUCACAGGGAGAUGAUGGCCUUUCAGCUCAAAAGUCUCCUGAAGGUGCAGGCUUGAGACCUACACUUUGUUUAAAAAGAGCCGAUACAUGGACUGAGACUGAGGCUCUCACUAACCAGGAACACCCCAGAGCUGUAAUACACUGUUGUUUUUAAGUCGACCUCCUAAAGUUCAAGUUGGGCAUUUAAAGCAAUGAUUUGCGACUAAAUUAAAUUUUUAAAUCUAGUAUUUUUAAGAUAUUACAGCCUUGUUGUCUUGCUGAUCAGUGAAGCCUUUCAAGUCUUUGUGACUGAUAAACUAGAUUCUUUUAGUCUUUAUGUUUUGUUAUUUUUAUUGUUGGUUGUUAAAGCAGAUUGAGUGUGCUUGCUUCCCCCCCUUCCAGACAGUGGGUGUCACAUCAGUUUAAUACUAGUUCAUUACAUUUAUUGUCCAUUUCUAUGGACAGACACACGUUCUCAACUACUCAAGUUUAAAGAUAAUCAUUUGGACUGACCCCUGAAGUUUCAGGUUCUAGACCAACAUCUACUUUAAGUUGUUUUGUUUUUUUAUGUAACAAAUGAGCCCCGUCUUGCGUAACACGCAUUGUUUGGAAUUGGGGGAGCAAAAACACUCAACUGUUGUUCUGCAGGGGAAAAGUCUAUUAUAUUGGAGAUGAGCUAGCAUAUAUGGAAAGAAUGACCUCAAAGGAAAAGAGACCAUGGCACACAGGCCUUGGACCACGACUCCUGUACCCUUUUUUCUUUUUUCUUUUUAAUUGCGCUGUGCGCACAUGCACUAUAGGAGUUGAUCGUGCCUAAGGUCUGAUACUCUUAUCAUAGCAUUAUUUUGUACAAGUCCUUUUUGUUGUGAUUGAAAGGUGUUUGAAGCGCUGUGUGUUACCAAAGCAAUGUUUUUGCUGCGCCCCCUCCCAUUUUUGUUUUAGAGCCCUUGGUAUCGUGGACACCGACGUCACUCCUUCUUCGGCUUAAUCAGCCUCAGUCGUUGACAUUGAUUAAGAUUGAAGAGAUUGCAGUUGUCCAACUAUUCAUCCGGUUAAAGUACUGUUAUUGCUCCUUUAGUUUUUCUCCCUGACAUGGAUGCAGCCUCAACUUGCGGAAGGGGGCCUGCCGUUUAUGACGUGGCCCUGUUGGCUGCAUGCACUUCAAGGAGGAGCCAAAGAGUGAGUGGCCUAAAGGAAUGAAACACCACGCAGGAGGCGGGUCUUUGUGUUUACAAAUUUGUCUCCAAGGGUGGCUGUGCUGUAGUCGGCACACUUGCUGCCUCUGCCUGUUGUUUAACCCUUUGCACUGCAAUUAGACUUUUUGUGUAAAAUGUGUGAACGACUUGGGUGCUGCUGAAACAAUGAAAAUGCAGUGGACUAUCUUUGUAUGUAUGCUCUAUUUUUGUGAUUCAUUCCUCUAUGGAGGCUCUUUUUUUUCCCUUUGCAGAAUUGAAUCUGCUUAUGGUUGGCGGUAAAGAUAACAAAACAAAUAGAUGGUCAGUGUAUUAGAGCCAUGUAAAUAUAAUGAAAUGUAUAAAAUACUUGUAGCAUAUGUACAUUUUACAGGCUGUUUGAUGCCUGUCUGACAAAAGUAUUUUUAGUAAUAACACUGAAUGUAUAAGACAUGCUACGGACAUGUCUUAAAUACUGAAGAAUAUUUUUGUUAAAAAAAGAAAAAAACUGCCUAUACCAUAUGUCAGUACCCCGCACUGUUAUCUUGACAGAGAUCUUGCACAUGUUUUUGUACUACACGGUGUACGGUCAGCAAUGUUAAGUGCAAAUCAUUUUGUUUCAAAGGAACUUGAAUAUAUCGAGAUUUUAAAUCAUUUUUUUUAUCUUGAGACUUUCCAGAUUAAGUUGACAAACGGUGCCUAAGUUAAAACCCAUCCCGGAACAGACAUUUCCUUUGGCUAUUAUAUUAUUAAAAUCUGACCAUUAAUUCAGGCACUUUCGGCUCUCAGCUAUUCUUCCGCUAGCUGAUGGCUGACAGAGCUGUUAAAUUUCUGCUUUAAGUUCAAGUUCUUUUGUUACACAUGGGAAAGUCUUAAAUUGGAAAAAAAAAAACAAUUGGCUGCUAAUUUCUCCCCUUUUGCGAAAAUGUCACUGAAUAUGAAGAAAUAUGCCCCCCUUUUUUAUUUUUAAAGAUUGGUAUCAAUUGAUGUUCGAAAAUGUUACGUUUCUAUGAAUUGAAGACAAAAUAAGAAAAAAAAGAAUAAAUCCCUUCCCCUCCCCCCUA